AUGAAGUCCCUUGCUGCCGUUUCCGCCAUCGUGUCCGCUGUCUCCGCCGCCUCCGUUGCGGCGGGGAGCGCUAAGCCCGUGAGCUACGAUGGCACCAAGGUCUUCCGCGUGUCUGUCGGAGAUGAGGUCGACCGGGUCAACAACAUUGUAUCCAAGCUGCAAUUGAGCACCUGGAAGGGUGCUCCACGGGCCGGCGCUCUGGCCGACAUCGUCGUCCCGCCCUCCGAGGUCGACGCCUUCAAGGCCGAGGUUGUGGGCCUCAACGUGACCACAAUGCACGAGGACUUGGGUGCUUCAAUUGCCGACGAGUCAAGCUUCCAACUCUAUGCCGUCGGCUCCGCCAACGCCACAUGGUUUAACUCUUACCAUGCCUACGCCGACCAUGUUCAGUGGAUUAAGGAUAUGGUGGCGUCCUACCCCAACAACGCUGCGGUUGUGACCUCGGGCAAGUCGCUCCAGGGCAACACCAUUACGGGCCUCCAUAUUCAUGGUACCACCAAGGGCACCAAGCCUGCUGUUGUAUUCCACGGCACCGUCCACGCGCGUGAGUGGAUCAGCACCAUGACCAACGAGUACAUUGCCUGGAACCUCUUGAGUCAAUACGCCACCUCCGCCGAGGUCAAGGGGUUCGUUGAUAAAUACGAUUUCUACAUUUUCCCUGUUGUCAACCCUGAUGGCUUCAUCUACACGCAAACCACCAACCGCCUGUGGCGCAAGAACCGCCAGACCACCUCUGGCAGCAGCUGCCUCGGUCACGACAUCAACCGCAACUGGCCCUACCAGUGGUCUGCCACUGGAGGUGCUUCGACCGACCCUUGCGCUGACGACUUCAAGGGUGCCUCCGCUGGUGAUGCCCCAGAGACUGCCGCUCUCUCUGCCUGGUUGGCGAAGACCAAAGCUGCGCAAGGUUUGAAGCUCUUCAUCGACUUCCACGCGUACUCUCAACUCUUCAUGACCCCCUACGGCUACUCCUGCUCUGCCGUUUCCGCCAAGAACACUGAACUGCAGUCUCUGGCCAGGGGAGCCGUCGCCGCCAUCAAGGCAGUUCAUGGUACUUCUUACAAAUACGGCCCCAUUUGUACCACCAUUUACAAGGCGACUGGCAGCAGCGUUGACUACGUAGCCGACGUUGUCAAGGCGGACUACACCUUCACCCAGGAACUUCGCGACACGGGCAACUACGGAUUCGUCUUGCCUGCGAGCCAGAUUGUUCCCACUGGCCAGGAGACGUAUGCCGGCGUCCGCUAUCUGCUCCAGAACAUGAAGUAG